AGCGUGAAAGUUCGCAAAUCCUCCUCACAGCCACCCACUCUCUAACCCGCUCACCCACCGCUGGAAGCCUGCAAUUAUGAAGCCUAAAACCAAAUACCCAAGAACAGCGACGAUGAGAGAAGAGAGCUGCUUCCCUCCUCUCUCUUAAUUUCGCUUUAUUUUUGGUCUUUUUGGAUUUCUUUUUUUCCUUUUUGGGCUUAUAAAUUCUGUACACAUGAAGUUUUUAUUGGAAUUCGUCUCGUGUUGCGGGGCCAGUGGCGGUGACAAAUCCGAAAAGGAUACUCCGGAGCUGAACGGGCGGCGUUCGGAGGAGAAGCGGGCGCUGAUGGAGCGGCGGACACUGCAAACGCUUACGAGGAGAAGUAGGAGGAAGAGGGGCAGAGUAGGGUCAGCAUCUGCGUCGCCCGCGGCUGCGAUGGCUGAUUGGAAACCGACGCUUUGCUCGAUAUCUGAGGAUAACGUGGUGGUGGUGGUGGAAGGGGGAACGGAAAGAGUGGUAAAGAGGAAGGGCAGUGGAGGACGACGUGGGGGUGGUGGUGGUGGGUCCCGUGGACUAGCUAGUAUUCCUAACUACAGCGAAGAUUACCGGCGAAGUAAUCAGUUCUCGGUAAUUCCAACAUUCUCUGCGACUCCGUUCAUGAUUUAGCAGUGUUGAUUUGCCAUUCUAUCUGAUGUAAAUAUAAAAUUUAGGCAAAUUCAUAAAAGUUGGAUUAUGAAAGUUUAAUUAUGCGUUUUGUGGCUUUUGUUAAUAGAAAUCUGCCUUAUGAUCA